UCGACGAAUAGAAACCCUCAGCUGCAUGGUGGACUGUUGGUACAUCCAAUUGCUUGGGUGGUAAUAAUAGUCUGUCCGUGGUGCGGAGGUGAACACACUGCUUGGGACAGGACAGCGCUAGCGUUACAUGGGGAACGCAGACGACAGCGGCAGGUUCUACCGCUCCUACAUCCAGGAGGGACAAAUAUACACUCUGGAGGAGUCUGUAGGGCUUUGCGCGCUUAUGCUAUAGGGAAUUGACUUGAUGAAGUAACCAAGCCGACCAUGAACACGUCGCAUUUUAGUGUCUCCUCCUCUGAGCAUGGACUGACCAUAUCCCUCUCUGGAUGAUUUGAUGGGGCUGCUUAGAGUCAUGAUGCCGCCCAAGUUGCAGCUUCUGGCGCUGCUGGCGUUCGCAGUGGCCAUGUUCUUCCUGGAGAACCAGAUCCAGAAGCUGGAGGAGUCCCGGGGAAAGCUCGAGCGAGCCAUCGCCAGACAUGAAGUUCGAGAGAUUGAGCAGCGGCACACACAGGAUGGUAUUCGGGAAAGGGACUCAUCGGCCUUGACACUGUCCGACAGCGAAGAUGACGUUGUCAUCAUCUACAACCGCGUGCCCAAGACAGCCAGCACCUCCUUCACCAACAUCGCCUACGACCUGUGUGGGAAGAACCACUACCACGUCCUGCACAUCAACACCACCAAGAACAACCCAGUCAUGUCCAUGCAGGACCAGGUGCGGUUUGUGAAGAACGUGACUGAGUGGAGGGAAAUGAAGCCAGCUUUCUACCAUGGACACGUCUCCUUCCUGGACUUCACCAAGUUUGGGGUGAAGAGGAAGCCUAUCUACAUAAAUGUGAUCCGGGACCCCAUUGAAAGACUGGUGUCCUAUUACUAUUUUUUGCGUUUCGGGGAUGACUACCGGCCUGGCUUGAGACGCAGGAAACAAGGAGACAAGAAGACAUUUGAUGAAUGCGUAUCAGCCGGCGGCUCAGACUGUGCCCCAGAGAAGCUCUGGCUCCAGAUUCCCUUUUUCUGUGGUCACUACUCUGAAUGCUGGAACGUGGGUAGCCAGUGGGCUCUGGAGCAGGCCAAAUACAACCUGGUAAAUGAAUACAUGCUGGUCGGGGUGACAGAAGAGCUGGAGGACUUUGUCAUGAUGCUGGAGGCAGCACUGCCACGUUUCUUCAAAGGAGCCACUGAGCUGUACAAAACAGGGAAGAAAUCCCACCUGAGAAAGACCAGCGAGAAAAAGCCACCCACAAAGGAGUCUAUCGCCAAGCUGCAGCAGUCUGCCAUCUGGAAGAUGGAGAAUGAGUUCUAUGAGUUUGCACUGGAGCAGUUCCAGUUUGUCAGGGCACAUGCUGUCAGAGAAAAGGACGGGGAGCUCUACCUGCUGGCGCAAAACUUCUUCUAUGAAAAAAUAUACCCCAAAAACUAAAGAGACACAUGUUCUUAGAAGGAUGUGGGGAGGACACUGGGGUACAGGCUCAGAUGUGCAGUCUGAGGUAAUAGAGAGAAGUGGAAGUAAUGGACUGAGUGACUGGUUUGUACAUGUGACUGAGAACAUAAUGUGUAGCUGCCGAACCUCUGACGCAUUGAUCAGACCAGUGAGGUGACCGCUCUGUUAUUCACGUCAGUGCCGGCCAACUGGACGAGGAGCUCAUGUUUCGUCAGUAGGUCGUGUUCCCAGCAGCCCCCGUGGCUUCCACUCCCUGUCACUUCCAUUUCAAAGGCCGUCUGUGUAGACGACCUCUGCCAGGACACAUGCCCGGAGACAGACUGUCCCGCAGCUGGUCAGACCUUGACUCCUGAUUGGCCUCACUGUUCUCCGAUUCAGACAAAAUAUUUUCAUUGGCUCUGUACUGUUUGGUUGUGUUUGAUUGUAUUUUAACUCUUUAUUAUGGUUGUCUUUUGUAUAAAGAUGGUGACAUUUUCCACGGUGAAACAACAUCCCCAUGCCUCACCACUCACCACUAACUUAAGAACUUUUAAAUGUAAGAAACUGACUACUGUGCUGUAUUAUUGGACUUGAAUGAGAACUUUUGAGGUUUUUAUGAAAUAAAAAUCCUGUGACCAUGGACUAUUCA